AUGACUACCAGAGGCUUCUCCUCCACAACAACAAAUGCUGCCUCAGCAACUACCAGCAGCCCCUUCUCCACCACAAUAAACAAUGCCCUGACAACUACCAGUGGCGCCUCCUCCACCACAACAAAUAUUGCCCCGACAACUACCAGUGGCGCCUCCUCCACCACGACAAAUUCUGCCUCAACAACUACCGGAGGCGUCUUCUCCACCACAACAAACGUUGCCACAUCAACAACCAGCGGCACCUCCUCCACCACAACAAAUGCUGCCUCAACAACUAGCAGCGUUGCAUCCUCCACCACAACAAACGCUGCCUCAACGACUACCAGUGAGGCCUCCUCCACCACAAAUUCUGUCUCAACAACAAUCAGUGGCGCCUCCUCCAUCACAACAAACGUUGCCUCGAGUACUACCAGGGGCGCCUCGUCCACCACAAGUAGUGCUGCCUCAAUGACGACCAGUGGCCCCUCCUCCACCACAACAAAUGUUGCCUCGACUACGACCAGUGGCCUCUCCUCCACCACAACAAGCGGUGCCUCAACAACCACCAGUGUCGCCUUCUCCACCACAAAUAGUGCUGCCUCAACAACAACCAGCAGCGCCUCCUCCACUACAACAAAGGCUGCCUCAACGACGACCAGUGGCGCCUCCUCCACCACAACCAGCGCUGCCUCAACAACCAACAGUGUCGCCUUCUCCACCACGAAUAGUGCUGCCUCGACUACGACCAGCGGCGCCUCCUCCAUCACAACAAGCGCUGCCGCAACGACUACCAGUGGCGCCUCCUCCACCACAAGCAGUGCUGCCUCAACGACGACCAGUGGCGCCUCCUCCACCACAACUAGCGGUGCCUCAACAACCACCAGUGUCCCCUUCUCUACCACGAAUACUGCUGCCUCGACUACGACCAGCGGCGCCUCCUCCACCACAACGAACGCUGCCUCAACGACUACCAGUGGCGCCUCCUCCACUACAACAAAUGCUGUCUCAACAACUAUCAGCGUUGCAUCCUCCACCACAACAAACGCUGCCUCAACGACUACCAGUGGCGCCUCCUCCACUACAGCAAGCGCUGCCUCAACAACCACCAGUGUCGCCUUCUCCACCACGAAUAGUGCUGCCUCGACUACGACCAGCGGCGCCUCCUCCACCACAACAAACGCAACCUCAACGACAACAAGUGGAGCCUCCUCCACCACAAAUUCUGUCUCAACAACAAUCAGUGGCGCCUCCUCCAUCACAACAAACGUUGCCUCGAGUACUACCAGGGGCGCCUCGUCCACCACAAGUAGUGCUACCUCAAUGACGACCAGUGGCCCCUCCUCCACCACAACAAAUGUUGCCUCGACUACGACCAGUGGCGCCUCCUCCACCACAACAAGCGGUGCCUCAACAACCACCAGUGUCGCCGUCUCCACCGUGAACAGUGCUGCCUCAACAACGACCAGUGGCGCCUCCUCCACCACAACAAAGGCUGCCUCAACGACGACCAGUGGCGCCUCCUCCACCACAACUAGCGCUGCCUCAACAAUCACCAGUGUCCCCUUCUCCACCACGAAUAGUGCUGCCUCAACUACGACCAGCGGCGCCUCCUCCACCACAACGAACGCUGCCUCAACGACUACCAGUGGCGCCUCCUCCACUACAACAAGCGCUGCCUCAACAACCACCAGUGUCCCCUUCUCCACCACGAAUAGUGCUGCCUCGACUACGACCAGCGGCGCCUCCUCCACCACAACAAACGCUGCCUCGGCUACGACCAGCGGCACCUCCUCCACCACAACAAGUGCUGCUUCAAUGACUUCCACUAAUGGCACCUCCCCAACCACUACAAUCGCGAGCUCCACGACCAUCACCCGCGGCGCCUCCUCCACAACAACAAACGUUGCCUUGACUACUUCCAGCGAAGCCUCCUCCACCUCAAAAAAUGCUGUCUCAACAACAAUCAGUGGCGCCUCCUCCACCACAACAAACGUUGCUCCCACGACUACCAGAGGCUUCUCCUCCACCACAACAAACGUUGCCACAUCAACAACCAGCGGCGCCUCCUCCACCAUGACAAAUGCUGUCUCAACAACAGUCAGUGGCCCCUCCUCCACCACAACACACGUUGCCUCAUCAACAACCAGCGGCGCCUCCUCCACCACAACAAACGCUGCCUCAACGACUACCAGUGGCGCCUCCUCCACCACAACAAGCGGUGCCUCAACAACCACCAGUGUCGCCUUCUCCACCACGAAUAGUUCUACCUCAACAACAACCAGCAGCGCCUCCUCCACCACAACAAAGGCUGCCUCGACAACGAUCAGUGGCGCCUCCUCCACCACAACCAGCGCUGCCUCAACAACCACCAGUGUCGCCUCCUCCACCACGACAAACGUUGCCCCCACGACUACCAGUGGCGCCUCCUCCACCACAACAAACGUUGCCUCGAGUACUACCAGUGGCGCCUCCUCCACCACAACAAACGUUGCCCCGACAUCUACCAGUGGCGCCUCCUCCACCACAACAAAUUCUGCCUCAACAACUACCGGAGGCGUCUUCUCCACCACAACAAACGUUGCCACAUCAACAACCAGCGGCGCCUCCUCCACCACAACAAAGGCUGCCUCAUCGACUACCAGUGGGGCCUCCUCCACCACAACAAACGUUGCCUCGAGUACUACCAGGGGCGCCUUGUCCACCACAAGUAGUGAAGCCUCAAUGACUACCAGUGGCACCUCCUCCACCACAACAAAUGUUGCCUCGACUACGACCAGCGGCGCCUCCUCCACCACAACAAGCAGUGCCUCAACGACUACCAGUGGCGCCUCCUCCACCACAACAAGUGCUGCUUCAAUGACUACCACUAGUAGCACCUCCCGUACCACUACAAUUGUUGGCUCCCCGACCAUCACCCGCGGCGCCUCCUCCACAACAACAAACGUUGCCUUGACUACUUCCAGCGAAGCCUCCUCCACCUCAAAAAAUGCUGUCUCAACAACAAUCAGUGGCGCCUCCUCCAUCACAACAAACGUUGCCUCGAGUACUACCAGGGGCGCCUCGUCCACCACAAGUAGUGCUACCUCAAUGACGACCAGUGGCCCCUCCUCCACCACAACGAACGCUGCCUCAACGACUACCAGUGGCGCCUCCUCCACUACAACAAGCGCUGCCUCAACAACCACCAGUGUCCCCUUCUCCACCACGAAUAGUGCUGCCUCGACUACGACCAGCGGCGCCUCCUCCACCACAACAAACGCUGCCUUGGCUACGACCAGCGGCACCUCCUCCACCACAACAAAUGUUGCCCCCACGACUGCCAGUGGCGCCUCCUCCACCACAACAAGUGCUGCUUCAAUGACUUCCACUAAUGGCACCUCCCCAACCACUACAAUCGCGAGCUCCACGACCAUCACCCGCGGCGCCUCCUCCACAACAACAAACGUUGCCUUGACUACUUCCAGUGAAGCCUCCUCCACCACGACAAAUGUUGCCUUGACGACAACCAGCGGCGCCUCCUCCACCACAGCAAAGGCUGCCUCAACGACAACCAGCGAAGCCUCCUCCACAACAACAAACGUUGCCUCGAGUACUACCAGGGGCGCCUCGUCCACCACAAGUAGUGCUACCUCAAUGACGACCAGUGGCCCCUCCUCCACCGUGAACAGUGCUGCCACAACAACGACCAGUGGCGCCUCCUCCACCACAACAAAGGCUGCCUCAACGACUACCAGUGGCGCCUCCUCCACUACAACAAGCGCUGCCUCAACAACCACCAGUGUCCCCUUCUCCACCACGAAUAGUGCUGCCUCGACUACGACCAGCGGCGCCUCCUCCACCACAACAAACGCUGCCUCGGCUACGACCAGCGGCACCUCCUCCACCACAACAAAUAACGCUGCCUCAACGACUACCAGUGGGGCCUCCUCCACCACAAAUUCUGUCUCAACAACAGUCAGUGGCCCCUCCUCCACCACAACACAUGUUGCCUCAUCAACAACCAGCGGCGCCUCUUCCACCACAACAAAUGUUGCCUCGACUACGACCAGCGGCGCCUCCUCCACCACAACAAACGCUGCCUCAACGACUACCAGUGGCGCCUCCUCCACCACAACAAGCGGUGCCUCAACAACCACCAGUGUCGCCUUCUCCACCACGAAUAGUUCUACCUCAACAACAACCAGCAGCGCCUCCUCCACCACAACAAAGGCUGCCUCGACAACGAUCAGUGGCGCCUCCUCCACCACAACCAGCGCUGCCUCAACAACCACCAGUGUCGCCUCCUCCACCACGACAAACGUUGCCCGCACGACUACCAGUGGCACCUCCUCCACCACAACAAACGUUGCCUCGAGUACUACCAGUGGCGCCUACUCCACCACAACAAACGUUGCCCAGACAUCUACCAGUGGCGCCUCCUCCACCACAACAAAUUCUGCCUCAACAACUACCGGAGGCGUCUUCUCCACCACAACAAACGUUGCCACAUCAACAACCAGCGGCGCCUCCUCCACCACAACAAAUGCUGCCUCAUCGACUCCCAGUGGGGCCUCCUCCACCACAACAAACGUUGCCUCGAGUACGACCAGGGGCGCCUUGUCCACCACAAGUAGUGAAGCCUCAAUGACUACCAGUGGCGCCUCCACCACCACAACAAAUGUUGCCUCAACAACGACCAGCGGCACCUUCUCCACCACAACAAACGCUGCCCCCACGACUACCAGUGGCGCCUCCUCCACCACAACAAGUGCUGCUUCAACGACUACCAGUGGGGCCUCCUCCACCACAAAUUCUGUCUCAACAACAAUCAGUGGCGUCUCCUCCACCACAACAAACGUUGCCUCGAGUACUACCAGGGGCACCUUGUCCACCACAAGUAGUGCUGCCUCAACGACUACCAUUGGCGCCUUCUCCACUACAAAAAGUGCUGCCUCAACAACCACCAGUGUCUCCUUCUCCACCACGAAUAGUGCUGCCUCGACUACGACCAGCGGCGCCUCCUCCACCACAACAAAUGCUGCCUCGACGACGACCAGCGGUGCCUCCUCCACCACAACAAACUGGCGCCUCCUCCACCACAACAAACGUUGCCUCGAGUACUACCAGGGGCGCCUUGUCCACCACAAGUAG